AUGACGCGCGUUUCGGAGUGUCACAUCGGGCAACACGGAACUUGGAUAACAGAAUGCUGUGAGAAAAACCAAAACAAAGCACUGCUCGAGAGAUUAAUUACUCGAUUUUCACUAGAAAUUACCAUGGAAGGCUGCGAAGUGAAGAGUGUGAAAACCCAGACACGAUCGAAAUCACCCACCGGAAAGCUCACGAGGAAAAAUUUGCCGAAAAGAGCUCAAAAUUACAGUAAAGAGCAACUCCUGCAGGCCAUGAAGAAGAAGAAGGAGUGCACAGCUAAGGCUCAGAGCGUCGUGGAGCGAUGUUUGGAGAAGGAAGUGGAGGAAACUGUCUUCCUAUCGUCACUGCAAGACAUCAAUCAGUGCCACUAUGAUGAUAUUGUGGAGGAGAGAGUUAUUCUGCACCUCUGCGGAUAUCCUCGGUGCCCAAAGGAGUUGAUGGAUGUCCCCAAGAAGCAAUUCCACAUCUCAACUCACACAAAUAAGGUGUAUGAUAUCACGGAAAGGAAGAACUUUUGCAGCAAUCAGUGCUUCAGAGCAUCGAAUUACAUUAAGGCUCAACUCCUGACCAGUCCUCUCUGGCUCAGAGAUGUUGAAGACAUUCCAGUGUUUAAGGUCCUCGAAAUAGAUUGA